CUGCACUCAGCGUAAUAACCAACCAACCAACGUGUUGGCAAGUACCGAGGUUUGCGUUGACUGACAAAAGUUACAACCAAUGAGCCAACCGAUGCCACCUUCCAUCCCUGCAGACGGAGCGCAAUAUAGCCACCCACCUCAGAGGCAUCCGAUGACAAUUCGUUUCCGCGUUCUCUGAGAUUGACAGGAGACUCACCCAAUUAAGAAGGGAGCUGUCCGGGCCCAACCUGAUACGGACACCAAUAGCUUUUCGUCUUUGCGUGGAGGAGGCGGGGCUAACGCAGAGUGACGUCAAUCCCAAAUUCUCAUCCUGAAAGUGGUUUUGGAAUUUCGGUGCGGUGAGCAUACAGGAAAGCGAUGUCCAGAUCGUGAAAGAGAGAGAGUUUAAAGGAUCAGCAGAAGUGGUAACUGGACUGUGACAUCAGCAGGAAGGCUCACCCUGUCUGCUAACCAUGGCGGGCUUCAGGCAGGAGGAUGUGGAGGUCUUCUACGACAUGGGCGAGGAGCUGGGGAGCGGGCAGUUCGCCAUCGUGCGCAAGUGCCGAGAGAAGCGCACCGGCGCCGAGUACGCCGCCAAGUUCAUCAAGAAGCGGCGCCUGUCCUCCAGCCGGCGGGGCGUGAGCCGCGAGGAGAUCGAGCGGGAGGUCAACAUCCUGCGCGAGAUCCAGCACCCCAACAUCAUCACGCUGCACGACAUCUUUGAGAACAAGACCGACGUCGUCAUCAUCCUGGAGCUCGUCUCCGGCGGCGAGCUCUUCGACUUCCUGGCCGAGAAGGAGUCCUUGACUGAGGAGGAGGCCACGCAGUUCCUCAAGCAGAUCCUGGACGGCGUCCACUACCUGCAUUCCAAACGGAUCGCUCACUUUGACCUCAAGCCUGAGAACAUCAUGCUGCUGGACAAAAAUGUUCCCAAUCCCAGGAUCAAGCUGAUUGACUUUGGGAUCGCACAUCAGAUCAAGGCAGGGAAUGAGUUCAAGAACAUCUUUGGCACACCUGAGUUUGUAGCUCCAGAAAUAGUGAACUAUGAACCUCUUGGUUUGGAGGCAGACAUGUGGAGUAUUGGGGUGAUUACCUACAUCCUGCUCAGCGGAGCCUCCCCGUUUCUGGGAGAGACCAAGCAGGAGACGCUGACCAACAUCUCCGCGGUCAACUACGACUUCGACGAGGAGUACUUCAGCAACACCAGCGAGCUGGCCAAGGACUUCAUCCGCAGGCUCCUGGUCAAGGAUCCAAAGAAGAGAAUGACAAUCGAAGACAGUCUGGAGCAUCCUUGGAUUAAGGUGAUCAAGCGGCGCAACGUGAGGCAGGAGGACAACAGCAGGAAGCCAGAGCGCCGGCGCCUGAAGACCACGAGGCUGAAGGAGUACACCAUCAAGUCCCACUCCAGCAUGCCGCCCAACAACACCUACAUCAACUUCGAGCGCUUCUCCCAGGUCCUGGAGGAGAUCGCCGCCGCCGAGGAGGGGCUGAAGGAGCUGGCGCGCAACCAGCGCUCCUGCCGCGAGGACGUGGCCGCCCUGCUGUCCAUCUACGAGGAGAAGGAGAGCUGGUACAAGGAGGAGAACGAGAGCAUCGAGGAGGACCUGGGCCACAUCCGCCAGGAGCUGCAGCGCGCCCAGGCCCGGCGGCGGCAGAGCCAGGAGGAGACGCGGGCCGCCCUGACGGCCGCCAACGCCCUCAAGCGCCGCUUCGGGCGCCUGGAGAACCGCUACGAGGUGCUGGCUGAGCAGGUGGCCUCCGAGGUGCGCUGGGUGGAGGACCUGGUGCGCUCCAUGGCUCCAGAGAAAGCCCAGGGCACCGUUCUGCGCUGAGCAAGGGCCCUCUCUUCCCCCGCUGCCCACAGGCUGCUUUUCGCCUUGUAUCUUCACUUCAUCAGCGGUUUAAACUCUGGGGGAGCGUGGGGGGGAGUUAUGGUCUCAUCACCAUCACAGACCUCCUGUUCCGUUCCGUUCUGUCAAAGUAUUUUGGCACUACCAGCUCACCCAUUUGGUUGAUCCUUAUUUAAAGAGCUGGUUGUACCAAAGACCAGGAGUGGAGCAAACUGGAGGGUCCAAAAUAUCCGACACUCAAGCCCUGAUUAACCGUGAUGGUUUCUAAACACAAAGGCUGGGACUGGCCACCUCCGGGCAGAGGGCUCCUGUUAUGUUGUAGCUCGGAGGCUCAUUCAGUGGCACAAUGCAAAGCAAUCUGUGCAAAAAUGUCAGACAGCAAUCUAAAUUCCGUUUUUCCCCUUUCACAUUUAUUUAAUCAUCCUCCUCCAGGUGUGUGGUUUGAUAGGUUUAAAUAUGGAAUCGGAGCAAAUGGGAAAGUUGAGGGGGCUGACUAUUAUGAGAAGUACAGUAUGUACCAUUUCCACACAGUAGGAUCUGUAGCCUAUCAUGAAGACUAGUGGGGCUCUGGGAGGAACCCACACAUGAUAAUUUGAGCUGCUGGGGUUUGGAAUGAUGGCGACUGCAGACUGAGACUGCUUCUCAGACUCGUUUUAGUUUAAAGCCUUUAACUUGGCUACUGAAAUUCUUCAUGCUCUCAAAUUACUGUCUUGUGGAUUUUUUUUUUAAUUGUCUGUGAAGUGCCUGUUGAGGAAACCUGGAUUGUUAGGAGCAGGAAUUGUGCAAAACAGGCCACACAACCACCUGGUGCUUUUUUAUUUUGCAGUGUUCAUGUUUUUAUGAACCCUUGGCGUUUUGUAUUUCCAGUAAAUCCUCAUUGUAUCAUCUUGUGAAUUUAUUUUACAUAUAAGCUUUUAAUGCAUUUUAGGAGACUUGUAUUCUUUUGUACAGAUUAACAAAGUAUAAAUGCCAGAAAGCUUAGGGCUGUUGUGGAAUUAGUUUAGUAUCUACUCUGCCCUGUAGCGGUAGUACUGUACUUUUGUAUCAUACAGGGGUCUGCAGCAUCUUAUUUGUAGAUUGUGAGUUGUCUUCCAAUCAUGUAAACCUCUAAGGUGUUUUUCAUGGUUACAAAUGAAUCUCUGCAAGCCGCCUUUCAGUAUAAGUCAAGUUAUACAGGUUUAAUUACAAGCAUUUAUUGUGUUUUAUGUUUUACAUGUUAUUUUAGUACCAGACAAUACCAGAUGCUGGCAAUUUAUUACUGGAUUAAUGCGUAUAGUAUAGUUUCCUAAUUCUGUUUCCAUCUGAUAAUGAGGUAGAGGAUGAAGGCAAAGACAUUAAGCAUUACUCACUCCUGUUGGCAUUUCCUGCUUGGUUCCUGGUUUCCUGCUAUACCAAGAUUUGGGUCAGGAGUUGGGUUUAGGGCUAUAGUUCUUUCCAUUCACAUUUACUACUGUAAUACAGCCCACACUUUGUGUUCAUAUAACGUAGCUUACAUGGAAUGCCUUUUUCUAACUCCUCAUUGUAAUGUGUACUGUUUUUACGUUUCUCCAAGAACUAAAGAGUGCGUUAUGUAGCAAAAUCCAAACACUUUUUCCAGUUUCAGCCAUAUCUGAAAGGUUGAAAUCCAUGCUAAACUGAAUAUGAUUCCAGACUCCUAAUGCUCAUCACUUCCUCACGGUUCAAGUCCCUGCCCACCUCUUGCUUUUCAAUCUGGGCAUCCUUGGAUUAUUGAUUAUUGGUGCACCCAGCACUGGAAAGGGAUUAAGAGUUGAGCUUUGCUACAACUAGGAUAGGGUUAUCUAUUUUUGUUACACAGAAUGCAAUGUACUUAAGGAAGUGUUGCUUGAAAUUCGUCCUGUUAACUAGUUUUCUUAUCGAUGCAUGCUGUGGUAGAAUACAAUAGAAGUCAAGGAUGUAUGGAAAGAUUGGCACAGAACUGGUUAAAUUGGUGCCAUAAAAUAAUGAACAUCACUGGACCACUCCACAGUCUGUACACAUACUCACACACACUGCAAUUCCAGUGUAGAAACACAGUGCUGUGGUGUAACUUCCGAAGAAGACUGAAGUUCCACAGGUGUGGAGGGAUAAUCUGUUUGCACAGUUUGAGGAAGGAUGGUUAAGGAGGUGUUGUUUUGUCUCCAAUGUUAAAUCGAGCUCAUUGCCUGUACUGUGUCCCUGUGCUGAGCCACAAGGUUAAAGUUAAAAAGAAGUUUUCUUUCAUGCAUAUAGGGACAACAGAGAAGGUGAAAAUGAACUCAGUUUAAAGUUAUUUUGAUGUUUGCAAGCUUUGUAAUUUAAAAUGCUUUGUUGCAUAGGCAGUAUCAGUACACGUCUCUCACACGCUGGCUCUGAUAGACCUUUUCUCCUUAUUUAUUUCUGGCAAGCAAUUAAAGGCUAUUACUGCACCUGUGCAAAUUACAUACUUAACAGUAUGCAUGCGCUUUUUUCCACUGUCAGAGGAGCCAACUUCCUCUGUAGCUGUUGCCUUGUUUUGCAUUAUUGUUCUCUUUAAAGUGACUUAUCACAGAACCUUGCUUGUCAUUCCAUGUGUUAAAAACACAGUCUUAAUUUUGCUAUGUACCAUUCCUUCUUAAAAGAUCAUUAACAUGACAUAGAUAUAAUCGAAAUGUAUCCUCAUUUGCUCGUACAAAGAAUGUAUUUUAUGCCUUUUCCUUUUAUAAUGUUUAUUCAUUAUCUCUGAACUAGAUUAUUUUGUUGUUGUGUUUUCUAAAAUAAAAUUGA